AGGAAAGGGAGAGGCCAAGAGUUGAAUGGGUCACCCAGCAGGAGCUCUAUGUCCUGACAUUAAUCUGUCCUCAGGGGGCAGCACGGUGCCAUCAACAGGCUCAAGGCACUGAAUGCAUGGAGAGUGCAAAUCAAACUGGGAUAAUUCACUUCCAUUUCCGCCCCUUCUCCAAACUCCCUGAGGUGCAGAUGCUGAUUUUCGUGGCCUUCCUGAUCAUGUACCUGGUCAGCAUCAGUGGCAAUGUCUCCGUUUCUCUCAUCAUCUGGAUUAACCAUUCUCUGCACACCCCCAUGUACUUUUUCCUGGCCAACUUGGCAGUUCUGGAGAUCUGCUACUCUUCCACCAUUGCCCCGCUGACUCUGGCCAGCGUCCUGUCCACGGAGAGAGACUUCAUCUCCUUGCCUGGCUGUGGUACCCAGAUGUUCUUCUUCACCUUCCUAGGCAGCGCUGACUGCAUUCUACUAGCUGUCAUGGCCUAUGACAGGUUUGUGGCCAUCUGUCACCCUUUGCGUUACACUCUCAUGAUGAGCUGGCGGUUGUGUGUCCAGCUGGCCCUGGGGUCUCUCGUGCUGGGGUUCAUCUUGGCCAUGCAGCUGACUGUACUCAUCUUCCAACUCCCCUUCUGCAGCAGUAAAGAAAUCAGCCUGUUCUAUUGCGAUGUCCUCCCUGUCAUGAGACUGGCCUGUGCAGAUACCUGGGUCCAUGAGGCCACGCUGUUUGUGAUCAGCAUCAUCGUCCUCACCAUCCCCUUCCUGCUUAUCACUCUCUCCUAUGUCUUCAUCGUGGCCACCAUCCUGAAGAUCCGCUCAGCAGAGGGGAGGCACAAGGCCUUCUCCACCUGCUCCUCCCACCUGACUGUGGUCCUGCUCCAGUACGGAUGUGGGGGCCUCAUCUACCUGUGCCCCAGCUCCAGCUACUCUCCAGAGAGGGGCCAGGUAGUGUCUGUGGUUUAUACAUUCAUCACCCCUGUGCUGAACCCCUUGAUCUACAGCAUGAGAAACAGAGAGCUUAAGGAUGCUUUGAAGAGAACAAUGAUCAGAUUCCUGUUGUCCUAAACACAGUAAACAUUCUGGAUGUUCCUCUCCAACAUUGCUGGGAAGAAACAAAUGAGUAUGCUUUCUGGGAGAUGAGGAGGUGGGAGCUAAGAGGUCAUUGGAUUUAUACUGUUACUUCUUCCUGGUUAUAUUAUUUCUGAGUCAUUUUUCUUUUCUCAGCCUCGGAUUCUUCAUCUCUAAAAUGGGGAUGAAAAUGCCCACUAGACUUAAAUCUGGGGUAGUUUUGAGCACCCAAAGUGAAAAUACUUCGUGAUUUUUAAAGGGCAAUAUGGCAGUGAAUGUGGUCAUUGCUUAUCCUCAUCAUUACAUGUGAAGUCUGUGUCCGGUUCUCAGGUUCUUAGUGGGGUCACAUGUUGACACAUGUACUCAGGGCCAGAGCCAAGAACAAGAUGCACAUCAAACCAGGACCAUCGCAACCACUCUCUGCUGAUUGCCGUGGUGCAAAUGCUGAGCUUAUACCUUUUCGAAUUCUCUUUCAUCCUAAAUUCUUCUUCCUGGGAAAGGUGAUGGGGAAAGUGCUGGAGUUUAAAAGUUGUGGUUCUUUUUUCUUACCUUUAUACCCAGAGCUAAUCUGUCUGCACCUCAAUCUCUGACUCUGUAUUAGUUGUUAGUCUGCGUCUAACUCACUCUCCCCGUGCCUGUUGGGUCUCCUCCCCAUUGUGUCCUUUCUGUCUCAGAUACACACACACACACACACACACACACACACACACACACUCACAUGUUUCACAUUUCUCUCUGUCCCUAGCUGCUAUGGUCUGAUUAUUUGUGUCCUCCUAUCUCAGGUUCAUCUGUUGAAAUCCUAAUCCCCAAUGGGAUGGUAUCAGGAGGUGGGGCUUUUGGGAGGUAAUUAGGUCUUGAGGAUGGAGCCCUCAGGAACGGGAUUAGUGCAUUCAUAAAAGAGACCCCACAGAGCUCCCUGGACCCUUCCGCCAUGUGAGGAUACAAGAAGUCUGUGACCUGGAAGAGGUUCCUCACCCAACCCUGACCUCAGACUUCCAGCCUCCAGAACUGUGAGAAAUAAAUGUCUGUUGUUUACAAAGCCACCCAGUCUAUGGUACUUUGUAAUGGCAGCCCGGAUGGACGAAGACACGAAGUGUACAUACUAUGGAAAGAUUGCCUUUUAAAAUUGAGCCUCUCUGGGUAGGAGAGGGGUAAUGUUGGUUCAGAUCUGGAUUCAGGUUGAGGAAAAGCUAGUUCUGUGAAGAUAAACACUGGCUGGACACAACGAGGGGAAAGGACUCUAAUGUGGCUGUGAGCAGGAGGGUAAUUGUUUCAGGACGAUCCCUGUCUCAGGGUAAUGGCAUCAGAACAUCAGAACAUAGAUAGUUUACUGUCUUUUUGUAGGGUGGGGGAAGCUCAUUUACUCCUCUGCCCAUUGAUUAGUGAGGGAUUUAUUGGGGUGCUUGACUGGCUCAGUUGGUGGAGUGUGCGCCUCUUAAU